AUAUGUAAUUACAACCAGAGUUUGUAGCAUGGUUUAGGCACAACUGCACAACAGAGCUCUUAAAGGGGCAAUGGCAUCUUAAAAGGGCAAUGACAUAUUUUAAUAGAAUUAAUAUAAUAGAAACAAAACAAAAAAAAUUCUCGGUUGAAUAAUAAUUAAUACUUAUUAAAAAUAAUUUUAAAUAAAUGUUAAUAAUAACAAGCAGAAUGUUGUGUCAAAUGUAACGUUGUUCUCUAAAAGUCUCAGACUUGAAAAACUCCUGUUUUAGAUGUUGUCAGCAUUUUAUCUUGAAUAAUUUUGGAGUAGAAUGUCCUUUUAAAAAGUAACCAGAACUGUCCUUCUCACAUACACCCCCCUAGCAACCCCUAUCCCCCCACCUUCUUUCCACAACCUUUGCCACCAGUGCUUUCUAGGGGAAACAAGUCAUGGUGGGGAAGUAAGAGGACUAACAGAGACUGUGGGAGAAUCUCAAUUGCAUACUCCUCUCAUCCUCUCCUCGCCUCCUUCUCAAAACCCAUCGGAGGAGAAGGUCAGAGGGGAGGGAUCUCUGGUUUUCUCAUCCAAUGUGUUUUGAGAAGGAGGUGAGGAGAGAGGAUUGCCUGGCUACCCAAACUCCUUGCUCCAACCAAACGCUAUGCCACGCCCACGGACGUUAGUUUCUUCUCCGCAAUGAGUCUAGAUCUGAGUACCUCUCCGACCCUUCAGCGAAUGCGAACACAUUUGGGGCCUUCUGAUUGGUCCAGAAACCAAUAGGUUGAGCCAGAGCUAGAACACACAUGGGUAAAGCGGAGGUUUGGCUUUGAUACUCUGAUUGGUUAGACCAGUGGUCACCAACCUUUUCUGAGUCAAGAUCAUUUUCUGAGUCAAAAUGCAAGCCGUGAUCUAAUGCUCAGAUUUUUUAAAUUAACAUGACUUAAACAUAAGCCUAUGCAACAUUAACCUAUUAAAAACAGUACUGUAGCAAUGAGGUUUGUGCAGUAGGCUAUAGGCCCAAUAAAUUAUCACCGCAUAUUGGCUUUGCUUGAAUUGCCCUGCCAAAUCAUUGUUGUUCGGACAAUAAAAUAAAAUCAAAAUCAACAUUUGAGGUAGGAGAUAUAAUCACACCGGUAAUAGAUCAGUUGUUGUAUUACUUGAGGCACAGCUGAGUGAGCAUACAUUUAAAUAAUGUGCUUUUUAUUUUUAUUUUACUGGGCUGAUGGUGCCUGCAUCUGAUGGUCAGUCUCAGUGGAGGGAGAGAGCAGCAGACUGAGUGUCCGCCUCUCAACAUCCCUCCGCUCUCCCUUUCCUCCACUGACACUGACCAAAAAGGGAUACUGUCUUCCAACUGAUGUCGAAACUCGAGUCACACCGCAUUAUUUCUGCCUCAUGCACAAAUUCAUGUUGUUACUCCUAUGAACAGAGAAAGUGAAAUAUUCCUCGAUAUUAAAAAAAGCCCCAAGCCGCAAAUAAUAACAAUGCAAGCCUAUUGAUAGACUUUCCUACUCAUUCAUUACAGCUGCAGUGCUGGUUGUAGCGCUGAGUGGAAGUUGGAAGAACGCAGAUUUUAUGGCUUAUAAAAGUGUUGAAUAAAAAGUGUUGACAGUGCUGAGUAAGAACUUAAACAUGAACUCACUCAGAAAAACAGCAGCUGUUUGCGGUAUUUGUUGACAGUCUCUCUCUAGUCAUUGUUUUAAAAGCGUUGAAAUCUCACAGUGUUAACUUUGCCGUAGAUUUAUUUUAUGCCUGCUACGUUACUGCAGACACGGUAAUCUGAGCCAUCCGAUUGGCCAGCGGUAGGCCUAUAGUGCACUUGAUUUGCUCUCCGGGCCUGCCGGGAUGGCAGAGUUUGUACCUUCAGACACAUAAAGUGGUUCAAAAUGUGAACACUUCGCCUACCCGGCGCGCAGGGCAGCUGAAUCGAGUGCACCUACUGCCAACAGUGCAAGACAAAUAAAUAAAAAACAGACAGGAGAAGGGACGUGAGGAGUGAUGGCAGUCUGACUAGAGACAGGAGAAGGGACGUGAGGAGUGAUGGCAGUCUGACUAGAGACAGGAGAAGGGACGUGAGGAGUGAUGGCAGUCUGACUAGAGACAGGAGAAGGGACGUGAGGAGUGAUGGCAGUCUGACUAGAGACAGGAGAAGGGACGUGAGGAGUGAUGGCAGUCUGACUAGAGACAGGAGAAGGGACGUGAGGAGUGAUGGCAGUCUGACUAGAGACAGGAGAAGGGACGUGAGGAGUGAUGGCAGUCUGACUAGAGACAGGAGAAGGGACGUGAGGAGUGAUGGCAGUCUGACUAGAGACAGGAGAAGGGACGUGAGGAGUGAUGGCAGUCUGACUAGAGACAGGAGAAGGGACGUGAGGAGUAUGCAAUUGAGAUUCUCCCAGAGUGUACUACUGGGGGAGCCACACCUGUUGCGUCAUACACGCACACAGAGUGUGAGAUAUGCACUUGAUUCUCCUGGAAUGUCAUAACCCAAGUUUCCAGUAAUUCUUCCUCAUCAGUCUAAGUAAAGUUAUAAUAAUAAUAUAAUAAUAUGCCAUUUAGCAGACGCUUUUAUCCAAAGCGACUUACAGUCAUGCGUGCAUACAUUUUUGUGUAUGGGUGGUCCCGGGGAUCGAACCCACUACCUUGGCGUUACAAGCGCCGUGCUCUACCAGCUGAGCUACAGAGGACCACAGUUGACUUUCCUCUUGCCUAAGCCUAACCAUGACCAGGUCUCUCUUGAAAAAUAGAUUUUUAUCUCAAUGAGACUACCUUGAUAAAUAAAGAUUACAUACAAAUUAUGCUUACAUUUUUUCACUGUCUGUCACUAUGAUAGAAUGAAGUACAUUUUGCUUCAGUUUAUUAUUUACAGUUGAUAAGCACUUAUUCUCUCCCUCCAUCUAACUCCCCCACUUCUCCCAAUCUCUCCCUCUCAGUCCUAAACUCAAGCCAGAGGUCAUGGUGCGCUCCCCUCCCGUCACGUCUCCCUCUGGUGGAGCCGCCCAAAUGGACUCCAAAUUGCCCAAUCAGAGCAAACCAGGAAGCGCUGGCAGCCAACUGCAGGCUUCGCCCUGCGACCCCAAGACUGUGGGUGCUAAGGGUUCCCAGCAGGGGGGUGUAUCGGGGGCGGGUCCAGGGGGCAUGGGGGGGCUAAAGAACGGCCAGGGCCUGACCUCUGGGGGACAGGGGUCAAAGGUGAAGGUGAAGCGAGAGAGGAGCACCUCGGUGGAGUCCUACAACGAGCAGCAGCCAGACACAGGCACACCCACCAGCGACGACAAGGGUGAGUAUUACACUGCACUCCAAAUAGUAUUCAACUCAAAUAUGUCAAGUUGAGUACCGGUAUACGUAGUGGUAUGAAGUAGUGUACUAUUUACUGAUUAUAUCCUACUUUCCACUUUCUAAGCUUGCAUUUCCAUGAAGCUAAAAAAUUUCUCGGUCUCUGACACAAUAGCUGUUGAUGUUAGUGGGCAUGUUCCGUAUCCAUUCUGUGUGAACAUGUGUUGUGGCUGUGUAUACAGCAGCAGGCCCCUGAAAGUGUGUCAUUAUGGUCACGCACUCUGCCCUUGAUACACUGCUGUGUUGGGCUCUCCUCUCCUGGGAGUCUGGUGCACAGGACUGCACUCAGAGAAGAGAGGGGAAAAUGUGUUUGUGUGUACUAUUGACAUAGAGAGCUCAGCUCUAACUCUGGUCUGUAGAAACGCACGCACGCACACACACACACAUGAAAACACACCUACACACAUUGACUGUGUGUGUGUGUGUGUGCAUAUAUAUAUACAGACAGUAACAGGGUGAAGAGGAUGUGUGUGGCUGAGAGGAGGCAGCCCUACAGUGGAGCUGACUGGUGCUCUGGAGGAGAGAGUGACGAGGACGACAAAGGAUUCUUCAGUAAGUGUGACUGUGUGUAUGUGUUUGUGUGUGUCGUUCAUCCCCAUUUCCACCUGCUACUGAAAACUACAGUACCCAUGAUCCUCUCUGCCCCUCCCCAGACUGUAACUCCAGUGCCGUGAAGCCCCAGGACUCCAACUCCCAUCCUCCCUCCAACGCCGGACUCAGCCGCUCUUCCACGCCCUCCCACAAUGCACUAGGAGGCCAGGGCGCGGCGUCUGAGUCGGCGGGUGGUCAGAAGGCUGGGUCUAAAGUGGUUUAUGUCUUCACUACAGAGAUGGCCAACAAGUAAGGCCGAUCACAGCGAAAUAAUGUAAAUUACACUGCAAAAAUAUAUUUUUCAAGAUAUUUGACCUUAAUUGCCGUAUUAAUCGGCAUAUAAAGGUAAAAUAUCUUGAAAUAUUAUAAAUUACUUGAAUUGAGCCUAUGACAUUAGAUAAUUUAGCUUGGUACGAAAAACAAGUGAAUUAUCCCUCAAUAUAAUACAUUUAGGCUUGCUUAAAUUGUGCUUUUUGCUAAAUGUUCUCCACUCAAUGGGCUUUGUUCUGUGUGUUUUGUGAGUGUGUUAGUGAUUAAGCUGUAGUAGUUGUAGUGUGUGAUGUGUUCCUUCUCAGCAAACUGUGUUCCACACACUCAGGUUAUAAUUUAUGCUCUGUUUGGAUAGACUGAACAAACCAGUAUUACUACAGCCAUGGCCCUUCUCUCUCUCUCACACGCACGCACAAACACACACACACACACACGUAUGUGUGUUAAUCUGUGGACUAAUGGUUUAGGAUGAAUGGAAUUUCUGAUAGUGAUGUCAUUGGCCUCAAGUACCUCUCCAUGUCCCUCUUCUAGUUUGUUGUUGUGUAUUUGAUGCUGUUUGUUGACAUUGAUGUUGUCUGUACCUCCUCCCCUUGAUUUGGAUUUCCUUUUUUCUCUUGAUCGCCUCAUUCUCACGCUGACUUAUACACUGAGUAUGCAAAACAUUAGGAACACCUUCCUAAUAUUGAGUUGCACCCCCUUGUACCCUCAGAACAGCCUUAAUUUGUCGGGCAUGGACUAUAAGGUGUCGAAACCGUUCCGCAGGGAUGCUGGCCCAUGUUGACUUCAAUGCUUCCCACAGUUGUGUCAAGUUGACUGGAUGUCCGUUGGGUGGUGGACCAUUCUUGAUACACAUGGGGAAACUGUUGAGUGUGAAAAACCCAGCAGCAUUGCAGUUCUUGACACACUCAAACCGGAGCGCCUGGCACCUACCACCAUACCCUGUUCAAAGGCACUGAAAUAUUUUGUCUUGCCCAUGCACCCUCUGAAUGGCACACAUACACAAUCCAUGUCUCAAGGCUUAAAAAUCCUUCUUUAACCUGUCUCCUCCCCUUCAUCUACACUGAUUUGAAGUGGAUUUAACAAGUGACAUCAGUAAGGGAUCAUAGCUUUCUCCUGGUCAGUCUGUCAUGGAAAGAGCAGGUGUUCUUAAUGUUUUAUACACACACACUGUACACACGGAGGGGUCAGAGAAUAACAACCAGUGUGCAUAAGUACAUCAUACUGCACAUUUCUCUGAGAAAGUAGAGGAGACAUCAAAUCCAGAAAUAUUGCUUGCCUGAAAGUGUUUCAGUUAGCUCAGAUUAACACUGUCCUCUGUAGGGAAUAGGAGAUGGAAGCUGUGGAUGUUAAGUGGAAGAUGUGUGUAAAGCUGUUUGUUUAGUCUGUCAACCUUGGCAUUUCCUUCAUGCCCUUGUCUAACAGUGCCCUCAUUCUACUGGCAUACGUGGACACACACCACGCAUGCACACGCACACACACACAGACCGCUGACUGAUGUGUGACUGUCUGGUUUCUGGUCCUCAGGGCAGCCGAUGCUGUUUUAACAGGACGCUCAGAAAACAUAAUCAACUUCCACAUGAAAAACAUCUCCAACAGCAAGGACAAGACCCCCCUCCCACCCCUGGUAAGAGCGCACAUACACACACACACGGUCUUGUAUAACUAACCUAGUGGGGGACACAAUUCAGUCCCAUUCAAAAUUAUAUUUUCCCUAACCCCUAAACCUAACCUUAACCCCAAAACCUAACCUAACCUAACCCUAAAACCUAACCUUAACCCUAAACCUAGCUCCUAACACUAAUUCUAACCUAAACCCUAAACCCCCUAGAAAUAGCAUUUGACCUUGUGGGGACUAACAAAAUGUCCCCAGUUGGUCAAAUUUUUGUUUGUUUACUAUUCUUGUGGGGACUUAGUUAAACACGUCCAGUAUAGUUAAACACAAACACACACGAUACACACAAUACACAGUUACCAAGGGGAUGACUACACAGGUCACUUGGCAUACAGUCUGUGUAAAAAGUCAGCUUUGAUAAAGACUUGAUUUACGAACCCUCACUUACUCAAGCCUCCUUGUUUUUCAUUCCCUCUCUCUCAUUUUCCUUCAUUUUCGAACAAUCAGACAGGACCCCUCCGAGGUGACUCCAAGCCACCUCAACAGUCCUCAUCUCACCCCUCAGACCAGAACCACCAGACAGUGUCUAAACCUGGCCUGACUGAUCAAGCUCCACCCCAGCCCCCUCACCAGGGGGUUAAGCCUGGUUCACUCGCCCAGGAUGGGGCCUCCUCAGCGGGCAUGGACCCCAAGAACAUCCCUGGGAAUACCAUGGGUCCAGGUGACCAGACCCCUGGGUGCCAGCCUCAGUCCGAACAGGGCAUGCCCCUUGUGAACCCCCCUCAGCCUGGGGAAGGAGGAGGGCCGGGGUCCAUGGGGAUGGGUCAGCCUGGUCUGACACCCCAGCAGCAGCAGCACCAGCAACUGGCCGAGGAGCUUCUCAACAUGGAGGCCAACACAGAGGGCCUGUCCCAGGAACAGCUGGAGCACCGCCAGCGCUCCCUCCAGACCCUCCGAGACAUCCAGCGCAUGCUCUUCCCUGACGACCGCGAUGCCCCACCACCACCCGGCUCCCACGGGGGACCCCCACAGCCCCACGACGGCAUGCCUGAUGUGGGACCCAGGAGGCCGGAGCAGGGCCCUCUCCAGGCCAUGAUGGCCCAGUCCCAGAGCCUAGGUUCACCAGUGGGGCCGGGAGGGCCCCGACCCCAGGGACCCCCAUUCGGCCCCCCGCAUGGACACCCCAGAGACAUGCCCCCCUUCCCAGAUGAGCUGGGUCACAUGAUGGGUCCUGGGGUGUGUGGAGACGGAGAUCACAUGACCCCGGAGCAGGUGGCCUGGCUGAAGCUGCAGCAGGAGUUCUACGAGGAGAAGAAGAGGAAACAGGAAAUGCAUCAUCGCCCACUUCCUCCCGACAUGAUGAUGCACCCCCACGGGCCGCGCGGCAUGAUGCGAGGACCCCCACCGCCCUACCAGAUGGGCCCCGGAGAGGUGUGGGGUCCAGGGGGGCCGGGAGGGCCACCAGAGCACUACCAGGAGCGCAUUGCCAUGGGCCCCAGAGGGAUGCCGCCUCACAUGCAGAGGAUGCCUGGGUUCCCCCAGGGCAUGAUGAACCCUGACAUGGAGGGACCCCCCAGGCCCGGGAUGGGCUGGCCUGAAGACAUGCCCCCCAGGAUGGGAAUGGGGGAUGGCCGGGGGUUCCCAGGAGGGCCAGGGGGGAUGUUUGGAGGUCCAGGGGUGCGGGGAGAGCGCUUCCCCAACCCCCAGUCAGUCCAGGAGGCAAUAUUUCACCAGGGCAUGGGGGGCGACAAGGGACCGGGCCUUCCUCCACAGAUGAUGAUGGAGAUGCAGAGGAUGAUGGGAUACCAAAGAGGCGGCAUGGAGCCGGGCAACGGGGGCGGGAUGAUGUUUCCCAGGAUGCCUGGCGAGGGCCCCAUGAGCCCCUCCUCCAGACUGGCUGUUAUGGGGGGCCGGGACAUGGGCCCUGAGUUUGGCAUGGGCCCCCAUGGGAACCCCCAACUACGAGAGGGGCCUAUGAAUAUGAGCCCAGACGAGAUCAUGAGAAUGAGAGGGCCUCCAAUGGACAACAUGGGGCCCCAAGGGAGGCAGAUGCAGGGGUCCCACUUCCCUGACCAUCCCCAGCCAGGGGACUUCCCCAUGGGGCCCGGACGGCCCUUCCCUGGGGGUCCUGUAAGUAUGAGGGGGCCUCAUGGAGAGCAGCCCUAUGGUGGCCCGGAGCACAGGACCACGCCUACGGGGGGCAACGGCCGCCUCAACCACCUUCCCUCUGCCGCCGGAACACCCCAGGUCCAAAGGGGACGUAAGCCUGCAGAGCUGAACAUCCAGUCAGGAGGGGGCAGCUCGCCCAGUCUCAAUCCCCUCAAGUCCCCUCCUUUGAGGCAGGUGCAAUCCCCCAUGAUGGGCUCUCCCUCUGGGAACCUCAAGUCCCCCCAGACCCCCUCCCAGCUGGCUGUUAUGCUCUCCGGCCCUCCGGGACCCAAUGGCCCCCCUAACACUGCCAACUCGGCCCCAAUGAAGUCCCCUCACUCUAUGAUGGGGUCUGCUGGCGCCUCCCCUGUACAUAUGAGGUCCCCGUCCCUCCCCAACCCUUCUCCAGGGUGGGCCUCCUCCCCCAAACCCCCCAUGCCCAGCCCAGUACUCCCCCAGCAGCAGGGGGGAAAACCCCCCCUCAGUUUGACCUCACCUAACAUGAUGGGAAACAUGGAGCAAGGUACAGUACUUAUCUGGCUUUAUUCUUGUUUCUGUUCUUUCUUUCUCUCUCUCUCUCUCUCAUAAAAUGUAAUUUGUCACGUACUUCGUAAACAACAGGUGUGGACUAACAGUGAAAUGCUUACUUACGGGCCCUUCCCAACAAUACAGAGAGAAAUAAUAGAAAAGUAAAACACAUAAUAAUAAAUAUAAAUUGAGUAACGAUAACUUGGUUAUAUACACAGGGUACCAGUACCGAGUCGAUGUGCAGGGGUAUGGGGUAAUUGAGGUAGAUAUGUACAUAGAGGUAGGAAUAAAGUGACUAGGCAACAGGAUAGAUAAUAAACUGUAACAGCAGCGUAUGCGAUCAAAUCACAUUUUAUUUGCCACAUGCGCCGACUACAACCGGUGUAGACAUUACAGUGAAAUGCUUACUUACAAGCCUUUAACCAACAAUGCAGUUUUUAAGAAAAAAAUAAAAAUGGCAAAUAAUUAAAGAGCAGCAGUAAAAUAAAAUAACAGUAGGGAGGUUAUAUACAGGGGGUACCGGUACAGAGUCAAUGUGCGGGGGCACCGGUUAGUCAGUUAGUGCAAAAAUGGUCAAUGCAGAUAGUCCGGAUAGCUAUUUGGUUAACUAUUUAAUUAACUAUUUAGCAGUAUUGGGGGUAGAAGCUGUUCAGGGUCCUGUUGGUUCCAGACUUGGUGCAUCGGUACCGCUUGCUGUGCGGUAGCAGAGAGAACAGUCUAUGACUUGGGUGGCUGGAGUCUUUGACCAUUUUUAGGGCCUUCCUCUGACACCGCCUGGUAUAGAGAUCCUGGAUAGCAGAGCGCUCGGCCCCAGUGAUGUACUGGGCGGUACGCACUACACUCUGUAGUGCCUUGCGGUCGGAUGCAAAGCAGUUGCCAUAUGAAGCGGUGACGCAGCCAGUCAAGAUGCUCUCAGUGGUGCAGCUGUAUAACUUUUUGAGGAUCUGAGGGCCCAUGCCAAAUAGUUUCAGCCUGGUGAGGGGGAGGAGGCAAAAACAUUUUAGAUACAGACAUGUCGUGCCCUCUUCACAACUGUGUUGGUGUGUGUGGACCAUGGUAGAUCCUUAGUUAUGUGGACACCCAAGGAACUUAAAGCUCUCGACCCGCACCACUACAGCCCUGUUGAUGUGAAUGGGGGCUCCUUUGUCUUGCUGAGGUCUCUGACCUCCUCCAUAUAGGCUGUCUCAUCUCUCUCUCCCCUUCUCUUUCUCUUAACUGCUGUGAUAAACAACAUAAAAAAUGUGUAUUUAAAUUUCAAGGCAGAGAUAAUAUAAAUUUUCAAAGAGAUUUUAAUUCUUACUACCUUUCUCUUGAAUGAUGAUUGGGUGAAGAUGACAUCACGUCUUUAAUAGAGGGCUGUUUUGUAAUGUCUGUUGUCCAAGCAGUCUAAAAAGACCUCUGUUGUGUAUCAGGCAGGCUAGCAUUUGUCUCAAUCCGUCAUCUUUAAAUCAAGUCAUUUAUAAGUCGGUUGAAAGCAUCAUUCUCAUCCAUGUAAACACAUUUUCCCUAAGAGGAAACAUUCUCCCUUUUCAGGGAAAUUACACCCCCUUGUGCCCAUGUAACUGCACUGUAUCUAAAUUAAUGAAUGUAAUUAUUUACAAUUGACAUGUAUUGUUUAUCUGUAUCUAAAAUGUUUUUGCCACAAUGUCCUUUAUAUAUCCAUUUCAAAGUAACCAGGGUAAACCAGGAUAUGUUUUGCUACCUAAUGAAUAGGACCCAAGUAAAUAGUAAUUAUAUUGAAUCUCUCAUCUCUCUCUCUCCCCUCUCACCAGGUGGUAACAACCCCCCCUCGUCAGGAGCCCAGACUGGCCCCAUGCCCCUCCAGGGGGGUCCAGGCGGUGCCCCGACCGGCAGCCCCUAUUCCCUCCCCCCCGAACCCACGCUAUCCCAGAACCCCCUCUCCAUCAUGAUGUCACGCAUGUCUAAGUUCGCCAUGCCCAGCUCCACCCCCCUCUACCACGACGCCAUCAAGACGGUGGCGAGCUCGGACGACGACUCGCCCCCCGCACGCUCCCCAAAUCUACCCCCCAUGAACAACAACGGUGAGUGGACGGAGACAUGCGUAGGUGUCAUGUUAAACCUCAUUCAAGUAUCUUGUAAGUAAAUUAGUCUUUUGAGAUGUAUUUUGAACCCUUUUUCAUAGAGGUGUGACUUGGUUUACUCCACUUGAUGUAGGUUUGAAAUGAUAACAUGCUGUGUGUUAUAUGGUGCACUAACAUCCCUCUGUCUCUCUCUGUGGCCCUCUGUAGGUAUGGGAAUGAACCACCACCAAGCUCCUCGUAUGAUGGGCCCCGGCUCCUCUGGCUCCAUGCCUGCCCUCAGUCCCCUGGGUAUGACCCCCAUGGGCUCCCAGCCUCUCUCCCACGGCAUGCCCCAGCAGAUGCCCUCCCCCAACCCUCCCAACAUGGGCCCGGGCAUGAUGUCCCAUGGCAUGAUGAUGCCCCCCAACCCCCAGGACCAAGGUAUGGGCAACCCCCAGAUGAUGCCCCAGGGGCGCAUGGGCUACCCCCACCGAGUGCAGGGCUAUGCCCUCCCCCAGUCCCCCUCCCAGCAGGGUCCCUUCUCCCCCCACAAUGGCCCCGGGCCCCAGGGCUUCCCAGGACACCCCAUGGGCUUCCAGGGAGAGGGGGGUCCUAUGGGGGGUCGGAUGGGGAACAUGCCCCAUGGAGGGGGAGGCAACGGGGGUAGGCCCAACAACCCUGGAGGACCGCAGUUCAACAUGCAGGGAGAGUUCAGUGAUGCAGAUCUGCAUGAAGUGAUGCGAACCGGAGCAUCCGGUAUGCCAGAGUUUGACCUGUCCAGGAUCAUCCCAUCAGAGAAGCCCAGCCAGACUCUGUCCUACUACCCCAGGGGAGGAGGAGAUGGACCCGGCCCAGGGGGGAAACCUCCACACAUGCAGGGGAUGAUGCAGGGUAUGAUGGGGGAGGGCCCUCCCAGGAUGGGCAUGUCCAUGCAAAGGAUGGGGGGGAUGCCUGGGGGGCCGGGAGGUGGUAUGGCCCCCCAGGACAUGCCCAUGGGAAACACUUCCCACAAUCCUAUGCGGCCGCAUGGGCCCCCAGGGUUCAUGGGUCAGGGAAUGAUGGGACCCCAGCACCGGAUGAUGUCGCCGGGGGGCAUGAUGCAGGGGAAGGAGAGGGGGGUGCUCUACAACCACCCUGGGCCUGGGGGGUCGCCCAACAUGAUGAUGUCACUACAAGGCAUGGGCGGCCCCCCCCAGCAGACGAUGAUGAUGGGGGGGCAUAUGAGGCCACGUGGCAGGGACAUGGACAUGGGGUUCAGCCCAGGGCCCGGAAUGUUCUAA